AUGCGCCAAGGAUGGAGUAAGUUCAACCAUAACUGCUAUUACCUCUCUGAAAUAUCUGAUUCCUGGAAUGCAGCCAGAAUGGACUGCAGAGCCAGAGGAGGAGAUCUGGUGGUUAUUGACAGCCCUGAAGAACAGAACUUCCUCUCUACGAUCACCACAGACGUUUGGAUUGGUUUAAAUGACAAAGAACAGGAGGGAACAUGGAAAUGGGUAGAUGGGACUCCACUGACUCUGAUGUAA